AUGCCAUUCCAUCGCCAACGUCGUCGCAGAAAUUGGGAUGAGGAGUCUCCCAAAAAGGGGCAACAAAUCAAUGUGGACUUUGAUGAUGACCGAUGGAUCAUCGAUGUCAACCUCCACAAUAUCAUUGUAAAGAUCUCACGGUCCCGGAGCCCGAUGGAUAGUUUACAGGGCCUGCUGUACAGCGCCAAUAACGCAACUGACGGCUCAGAGGUCCAGGGCGAGCAGAGUUACCUCAUCAACUUCGCUGUCCUGCAACGCAUCAACAUCGCCCAACUCCGGGUGAAGCUCAUCAGACAAGCGAUCGACCUCCGGUUUAAAGCCAGGCAACCUGCUGGAUGGACUGACACUCUUCAGCUUUACAGCAAGUCGUAUCCUGACCAGAAUCCCCCUGAAUUCUCACGUAAUUGCCUAACAAACUCAUCCCUCACAGCUCAAGCAUUGAAGGACUACGAGUACAUGGAAAAAUGCCACCUCCUCCCUGACGACCCCUUUUACGUGAGUGGCGAACGGCACAGCGACCGGAAACUGCUCCAGCAUCUCAUUGGGGACCGAGGUGAUCACAUCGUGAAACGGGUUGUGUCCAAAGGUGUUUGGGAGAAGGGGGCAGCGGAUCCAGAUUCGUCUGCGAGGUACAAUACAAGGCCAGAGAACUAUCGCCGCAGCUGGAUCAAGGGGUUCUGGGAGAGGAUCGGUGUGGCUACCCUGAGUGGGGCUUUUCUCAUUACACCCAUGUGGUUGAUGGUUCUUCACAACACACUCUACACGGGACUAGUCUCAACGACGGGCUUCGUCACUCUGUUUGGGUUGAUGGCUGCGGCGUUCCUACGUAACCCCACUGAAGUUAUGUCUUGCACCGCAGCCUACGCAGCCGUCUUGGUAGUGUUUGUAGGCUUGACGACGGACAGCCCUCAAGCCUAG